AUGCCUCCGAUCAGCACUGGAAAGCCAAUUUUGGCAAAACUUGAAAACGAUGACAGGAUUUCAGACGAUUGUCUCAAAUCAAUACACUAUACCAUCGAUGAAGGGCUUAACAUGAAGUGGUGGGCAAUUAAACUGUUUGACUCUUGGGGUCAUUUCCCGAGUGGUUUCAUGGAGGGGACCGGAACUCUGACAGCUAUUUCUGGUCUGAAAUAUUUCGAGAGCGGACGGGGAGUUCCCUUUGGGCUCUAUAUGUUUGGUCGACUCUUUCGCGGAACUCUGACAGCUAUUUCUGGUCUGAAAUAUUUCGAGAGCGGACGGGGAGUUCCCUUUGGGCUCUAUAUGUUUGGUCGACUCUUUCGUGUUGUUCCUGUCUAUCUGAUUACAAUUGCCUUUAACAUACUGUUCGCAUACCUGGGCUCAGGGCCGGCGUAUAAGUACUAUUAUAGCGAACAAAUAAUAAACUGUGACAGAAAUCUGUGGAAAAAUCUCAUUUUUAUAAUUACUGAAUCAGUAAUGUGCAUCAUCGACCUGGUUUAUAUCGGCUGA